AUAAAAUAUUUUUAUUUCCUACUCCUAUUCUCUUCUACUCUUACUCCUAUUGUAGACGACGCUUUAAGGUCUGUACAGGCGUGCUCUUUGAAUAAGAAUGUAGAAUGUAGAAUUCGUUUUAAAACUUGUUGCAUUGGUUUUCAAGACGGUUUUCGAGUGUAAUCAUUUUUAAAUAUUUGAAUCAUAUUAAUUCUUAUAUUUUCUUCUAUAUAUAUAUAUAUAUAUAUUUACAAAUUUUAAUAUCAAUUUAGAGUUUAAAAAGUUAAUAAUAAUUUAAAUAAUUUAGAGGACAAUUUUAUUUCAUCUAUUUUUUACACACGGUUUGUUUUUUUAGACGAAUUUUUUGGAUUUCUCGUUUCUUUUUUUGAACCUCUAAAUAUAUAUAUCUAUCUCAUUUUAUUUCUUAGUUUAGCUAAAAAGAACAAACCUUUUAUAAAUACGCAGAAACUGUGAUAUCUUCAGGUUUCUUCUUUAUUUAUCUUUUGAACAUCAGUUAUAAACUAAAUUGUACUAUUUUUUUCAAGAUUGUUAUCUCAAAGAAAUUUAAAAUGUCUCAGGCGAUUAUAGAUGAUCGUAUACGGCAAGAGGACGAAAUGACUGCCCUUUCCAGUAUUUAUAACGAGAACGAAUUUUCUUGCACAAGAAAUGAGCAGAUAAAAUGUACAGUUAAUAUAUUUCUCAAAUUUCAUAGAAAACUAGAAGUGAAUUUCACUAACUACUGCUCUUCCGACGCAAUUUCCGAUGUGAUCGUCCCAUGUGAUAAAAUUUUUGUCGAACACUUGCCUCCGGUCAGAUUGUACACUCAACUUCCAGAUUUGUAUCCAUCUCGAAAACCACCAAAUUUCUGUUUAUCUGUUAUCUGGUUGACUCCCUGGGAGAUAUCUUUUCUCUGCCAGAAAUUAGAUGAAAUAUGGGAAGAGAAUCAGGGCAAUGAGAUCUUGUUUCUAUGGCUAGAUUUUCUACAAAAUGAUCUUUUUAAUUUCCUUGGCAUACAAGAUUCUUUAGAUGUUUCUUUCAUGCAUAUAAUUCGCACAACACCAGGUGAUCGUAUCACAUUCCACCUGGCACACUUAUCUGAUCACAGAGCUGUAAAUAGUGCUUUGUCUUUAGACAUCAAAAAAUUAUUAAUAUCUUAUGACAGAGAGCAGCAUAAGAAACAAUUUGAUAAUAAUUUUUACACUUGUCACAUAUGCUUUGAAGAAUAUAGAGGACUGUAUUGUAUAGAAUUGAAGAACUGUGGACAUAUUUACUGCAAAGACUGUAUUGAGAAACAUAUACGUAUUAAAAUUAAUGAGCACAUUAAGAUUAUAUCGUGUCCAACGUUAGACUGCAGUUUCGAAAUAAACGAUAACGAUAUUAAAACUCUUUGUCCGAGCUUGUUCUCGCGAUAUGAAGAACUCUUGUUCCGAAUAACAUUAAACACUAUGGACGAUGUAAUAUAUUGCCCGAGAAUUUUAUGUCAAAAUCCAAUGAUUAGGGAUCCGAAUGAUACUGCACCAAUCUGUCCCAUUUGUAACUAUUGCUUUUGCAUAUAUUGCUAUAAGUUAUACCAUGGAGCUGCGUCAUGCAAGAUAACAUCAGAUGACAUUAAAAAGCUCAUUAACGACUACAAGAAUAGUGAUGAUAAGAAAAAGAAGCUUUUGGAAAAGAAGUACGGUAGGCGACAAAUACAAUUAGUUGAAGAAACUCUUACAACUGAAUAUUUGCAGGAUAACACGAAAAGUUGUCCCAAAUGCCAUUCUUUCAUUAGUAAAAUUGAGGGGUGCAACAAAAUGAUUUGUAAACAUUGUCAAUCUUCUUUUUGUUGGCUGUGUGGUCAACAGAUUAUGUCGAUGAAUGGAUAUGAACACUUUACCAAUGUUAACAGUUUGUGUUUCGGACGUUUAUUUGAGGGUAUAGAAAAUGACGAUUACGAUAAUCUUGAAAUAAUGGAGAAUGAAAUUUGGUUUGAGAUAAAUUUUGUUGAAGUAUUGGAAAAUUAAUAGAAAAAAAAAAUGUAAUUAGGAUCUUCAAUAUAUACACAGUUAUUUGGUUGCUUUAUUGUUUAUAAUAUUACAAGAAUAUUAUGAGACAAAAAUAAUAUGAUAUUAAUAUCAUUAAUUAUAGAUCAUUAUAAUUUAUACUAUUAAUCAUAAAUCAUUAUAAUUUAUACUAUUAUCCAUAUCACAUAUUUAGUAUUUAGAUUACAGAUUUAGAUUUUUAUUUUUUGCAAAUAUUAUUAAUUUUUCUAAGAAACCUGUUAACUCUAAAGAGAGUUUGUUGUAUGUGAUAUAUAUUUAUAUAUAAAUAUCUGUAAAUCUAUCUUAUAUAUCUCCAAAAAAUAUAUAUAUGUAUGUGUAAUAUGUGUACCUAUUUUUAUAUUUAGCAUAUAAAAAUCAAAUAAUGAUAUCAUGUAAGUUGCAAAUAAAUAGUAGGCCGAUCAAUCUUU